CUUCUUUUAGCAAAUAUUAUCCAAUUGGAAGCUUGUAUAUUUGUAUUGUUAGGUGAGUGCAUAGAAUUGUCUAAAAGAAAGUACACACUAAAUGUACUUUUUGAAACACAUGUUUGAAUUUGCCAAAUUACUCAAUGAAACUAAUAAUUUUGUGUUUAGUCAAUGCACAUAGAAUGCUACAUUAUAAUUGGAUAAUAAUAAUAGUGUGGGAAGUUAAUGAUUACUGAUUAUUUGCACGUUAGGGUUGCUUUGAAGACCAUAAUCUAUACGUUAUAGGAACCCAGAGCUAUAAUUCUCACUAAUGUGGAACGAGGACUUUAAUCCUUAAGAAACUUAAAUAGAGGACUUUAAUCCUCAAAGCAGUGAAUUAAGGAUCUUGAUACUAACAUAUAGACUAUACAAACAGAGGUUUUCACAAAGUGUUGGAUAGUGAUAUAACUUGUAUGUGGCCUUUAUGUGCUUAGGAAUUUAUGCCAUAAUUGUAUGCACAAACUUUUGAGUGAAUCCUAUAGUGAGUUUGGGAUAUGUGGGAACACAAAUAUACACAAGAAUGUUAUAUAAAUACUUGGUUAUGUUGGAUAAAUAUUGAAUAAUAGAGAAAAACUAUUCAAUUAGGAAACAAGAAUGUUAUAUAAAUACUCGGUUAAAUUGGAUGAAUAGCGAAUAAUAGAGAAAAACUGUUCAAUUAGGAAAGCAUGUCUUAAUUUUAAGUUUUGUGUUUGGGUUGUAUAGUGUGCUUAGAAUAUGGGAGCGCAUGAAGAGAAGACAUUAUCUGUCAUGUGACAAUCACGUCAGCAGGGGGCGUGGUAAAAAUAGCACGGGGUGAAAGGGACGUGAAAGUGGCGUUUUAUAAAUAAUAAUAAUAAUAAUAAUAAUAAUAGUAAUAAUAAUAAUAAUAAUAAUAAUAAUAAUAAAUAAAUAAACAAAACCCAUUCAAAACUAACCUAAAAUCCACCAACCGAUGAAAAGCCGCCACCUCACACCCCACAAUCCCUCCACGCUGGUGAAAAGUCUCCCAUCUCUUCUCCCACGCCACCGACGGGCCGGUGUGUCUGACGUGACGAGGCUUCCACGCCUCCAAACCACGCCCACUCCGUAUGGUCUUAGUAUACAUUUUCAGGUAAAUCACGUACACAAAAACAUUAAAAGUAUAAAAUAACAUUAGGAUAGGUAAAUCACGUACACAAAAAUAUUAAUAAAAGUAUAAAAAUAACAUUAGGAUUGAUCAAAAUGUUUUUGUUUAAUGUCGUUACUAUAUUCAUUAGUCAAUGAGCUUCUUAUUACAAAGUAUGGUAAGUUGUAAAUAUGGUUUUGUUAUUUAUUAACUUGAAAGUUUUAAGACGAUUAUAUGAAAUAUAAAACUACGUUAUAACUAAAUUUAUUAAAGUACGAGUUUGACAUUGUUUAUCUUUGAAGAUUGUUGAUGACUACUAGUCUUGAUUCAACAAUGGCAGACGCAGACUAGAUAAAUGAAUAAUAAAAAAAAUCUUUUAUUAAAGUUCUUGUGAUUAUUGUUUGUGUUCCGCCGUAUAUAUCUAGUAUUCUAGUGGGAUGGAUAUGUCAUCAUCAUCUUUCUUUACAAAUGUUCGCUGCACACAAAAACAAAAUUAGUAUUAUUGAUUUAUUUCCAUUUCCAUUAGAACCUAGUGGUUUGCCAAAUUAGGAAAUUUCCAUAAAAAUGUUAAUUUCGACUCAUUAAUGAUUUGGGUUAAGUUUUUUCAUAUACAUUUUAAAUUUAUUUAUAUUCGAAAAUUUUUAAGACCAUUAGUGGAUGCAUGCAGCGGCGGAGCUUGAACGGAAACCUGGUGGAGGCCGGACACUUAAAAAUCCAAUAUUUUACCUAAAAAACAUUUUUUUGAAAUUUUUGGUAAAAUUUAACAUUACGCGCGAAAAAAUCGGCGGGGGCCGGGACAUCCUCGGGCCUCCAUUAUUCUCCGCCCAUGGAUGCACGGACCUCCACAUCAAGAUUUUCCGGUUCCAGCAAAACCAAAAACACCCUCCAACUGAACCCGUGCCCUCUCUCCUCUCCCUUAAAGUCUCUUCUUUCCUUCUUUAGGGAAGGUCCCCAAAGAAGAAAUUUGUCCAUGAACGAUUCAUGAAAAAAAAAUUUCUCCUUAGAAACAUGCGGAGUACUUAAAGCUUGAAUAACCUCAGCACCUGCUAGACGACGUACCAAUUUACAUUACUAGGUGCACAAAAAAAAAACACAAAAGUGUAUUUUCAAAUUUUAAUGCAUAUAACUUUUUAGAUAAAUUACAAUAUUACUUUGUAUAAUCAAUUAUUUAUAACUUUCUUAAGAGAACUGAUAAAGAAAUAAUGUAUAAUUCGACCUAUGUGCUAAAAAUAACUCGUCCACCAAAUAUUCACAAAAUAAACAGUACUGAAAAAAGAAAAAAAAAAACCAAAAAACAAAUUACUGAGCAAGUAUUUAUAGCAUUCAUGAACCUCUGCCAAUAAUACAACUUUUGCUUACACAAAGGAAACCAACUUUCUUCAACCUUGUAUGAUGGUGAAACCACCAUCCUCAUCAUCAUCAUCAUCAUCAUCAAAGCAAGGGCAGAUUUGCAGAGUAGGGGUAUCAAUGGAAAAUCACAAAAAAGAUAAUAUUCCUAAACAGGAACCUCGUCUUUCUGGUGCUUAUAUACGCAGCCUUGUCAAACACUUAACCACUUCCAUCAAAUCUAAAGAUUCUUCCAAUGGACGUCACGACAAUAAUUUACCGGAAUCUGUGAAUUCGAAUGGGGGAUGCCUUAAUGAUAUUCAUAACAAUAUGCAGCAACAAUCACCGCCACCACCAGCACCAGCACCGCCACCAGAGCGGCCGCACAAGAAACAAGUUAGAAGAAGGCAACACGCCACUAAACCUUAUCAAGAACGGCUUCUUAACAUGGCUGAAGCUAGAAGAGAGAUUGUUACCGCUCUUAAGUUUCAUCGAGCUUCGAUGAAACAACGAGAAACAACCGACAAUAACCACCCUCAACCGGACCAAUCUUCUAUCGUUAAUUCGACUUUAUCUUGUUCUCCUUCAGUUUCUCAAUUUUGGCCUAUAUCCACAACUACCCCUCCCCCUCUUCCCACACUUACUCAUGAAAAUCUUGAUUUCACACUUCCUAACCAAACCCUUGGUUUGAAUCUCAAUUUUCAAGAUUUUAAAAACUUGGAUAAGAAUUCUUAUCUCAAUUAUAAUUCCAUGUCAUCGUCAGCGUCGUCGUCAUCAUCCAGUUCCUCUUCAGCUGUCAUUUCUCUCGCAACAGAAGAAAUAACGGCCGAAGUGCCAGAGGAGGUGGUGACGGCAACCACCACCUCUGCUACGACCACCUCAUCCUCGUCCGUGACUGGAGGUCUACAUCAUGCCAUGGACGAGGAGGAGAUGGAGGAGAUCAGAUCAUUAGGUGAGCAGCACCAAAUGGAGUGGGACGAUACCGUAAAUUUGCUGACGUCAGCACGGUGGCUCAAGUUCUUGAAACCCUUUGAAAUGGAACAAGAAGAUUGGAAGUUUGAUCAAGUUAUGGAAUUCCCAGAUUGCAUGGACAUAGGUGAAAUUGAAGGAAUGGAUGGGGAAUGGCUUGCCUGAAACAGGAUUGAUUGUUUUUUAGUAAUCAAUUUGUGGUUUUAUUUUUGUAAUAUCUUUAAGCUGUUUCCUUUGCUUCAGGUUUUAUUGAAAUAAGGCUGCAAUUUUGUGUGUUGGAAAAUUAGAAUUGUAGACUAUCUAUGUGGAGAGAAAGUAAUUACUACGA